UCACAAAAUACUAACUUAAUUAAAAGAUUGAGUGUGUUAAAUGAUAUACUAAAGUUAUGGAAGGAAAAAUUCAAAUGGAAGAAGAUAAUGAUGAUGAAAACGAUAUUGCCAUUAAAAACACAAUUCCACUAGUAAAGGAUUUAUUUCAUGUGCACAGAAAAGUUGGAGAAGGAACUUUUAGUUCUGUAUUCUUAGCUACUUUAAAAUCUUCUGAUGGUUCUAAAAAAUUUGCAUUAAAACAUUUAGUUCCUACAAGACACCCUGAAAAAAUUGAAAGAGAAUUGCAGUGUAUGCAGCAGAUGGGAGGAAAGGAUUAUGUAGUUGGAUUAGAAUUAUGUUUACGUAACUUGGAAACUGUAGUAUUUGUAAUGCCAUAUAUGAGACAUGAUAAAUUUUCGGAAUAUGUUCAAGAUAUGAGUAUUCAAGAAACAAAGGAUUAUAUGAUAGCAUUAUUGACUGCAUUACGAAGGGUUCAUAAAUUUAAUAUUAUACAUAGAGAUGUUAAACCUAGUAACUUUUUAUAUGAUCGAUGUAAUAAAAGAUACUUGUUAGUUGAUUUUGGAUUAGCACAGGAAUAUGUAGUAGAAAAAAAGCCCAAUGAUCUCAAAUUAACUAAUUCUGAAAUACAAUGUCUCAAACGAAAAAGAUCAGAUGAAAAUAAUUUGAAUCUUUCCCUUCAUACAAGAAAGAAAGGUGCAGAAGACAAGUGUUACUGUUUUGGAAAAGCAAAAGUUUGUUCAUUGUGUACAUCUAGACCAGAGCAAACAGCACCAAGAGCCGGUACACCAGGGUUUCGUGCACCUGAAGUUUUAUUGAAGCAUCCUUCACAAACACCAGCCAUUGAUAUUUGGGCAAGUGGAGUAAUGAUGCUAUGUAUUCUCAGUGGCACUCAACCAUUUUUUCAUUCACCAGAUGACUGUACAGCUUUAGCAGAAAUAACAACUAUAUUUGGAUCAAAUAAAAUGCAGCAAUGUGCACACAAAUUAGGUACAGGAAAUGAUUUUUUAAAUCAAUUCAUAUUUUAA